CCUGUCCAUGAGGAUGCCCGAUAACUUCUGACUUCCACACACACACACACACCCAUACACCUCCGAUCAGAUUGAUGCUCUCCCUCCAUUUUGCCUUCUCUCUGAUUCCGUCAAAUUUCAGCUCCCCUUCCUGAAGGUGAUCAUGGCUAGGUUUCUCGCAGCGCUCAUAUUGGUCCUCGUGCUCAUUUCCAUGCUUCAAACAAUGGUCAUGGCUUCUCAUGGGCACGGAGGCCACCACUACGAAGACAAGAAAAAAUUUGGACCGGGCAGUCUCAAGAGCUCCGAAUGCCCAUCAGAAUGCUCAAGGAGGUGCAAGAAGACACAGUACCACAAAGCGUGCAUGUUUUUCUGUCAGAAGUGCUGCAGGAAAUGCCUGUGUGUGCCUCCUGGCUAUUAUGGCAACAAAGCUGUGUGCCCUUGCUACAAUAACUGGAAGACCAAGGAGGGAGGACCCAAAUGCCCUUGAACUUUAUCCUCUCUCGUAUAAAUUAUUUGUACCUCUUCGGUCAUUAAUUAAUUACUGCUGAUCCAGUGUGUCCUAACGACACUGGGUAGUAUGUGUAAUGUUGGUGCACUUCUAAU